CUUCCGGCGCGAGAGAUGCAUUGUGGACAUUGUAGUCCCUGGGGGCUCGAUUUCCACCUCCCGUGCAGUCCGGAACUGUGGCCCGGACUACAUUUCCCUUCCGUCCGCCCACAAUCCCGAGGCCGCCUUGGCGCGAGACAUUUGCGAGCUGAGUGUCUCCAAGAUGGCCGCUUGGGGAAGGAGGCGUCUUGGCCCGGGCAGCAGUGGCGGCAGCGCCCGAGAGAGGGACUCAACAGUGUUUGUAAUGAAGAACAUCAGACUCUGAGCUGUAACCUGAAUUCUUGUCCAAAAUUGAGCACACUGGCAGCGAGCACACGAAACAGAUUGCCACUUGUCCUGUCGGCGUCUUUGAGACACCCUUGCCCAUCUAGGAAGGCACAGUGCAGGGUGAGCUUGUCGGCCACAGACUGUUACAUCGUGCACGAGAUCUACAAUGGGGAGAACGCCCAAGACCAGUUCGAGUACGAGCUGGAGCAGGCCCUGGAAGCCCAGUACAAGUACAUCGUGAUCGAGCCCACGCGCAUCGGCGACGAGACGGCCCGCUGGAUCACCGUGGGCAACUGCCUGCACAAGACCACCGUGCUGGCGGGCACCGCCUGCCUCUUCACCCCGCUGGCCCUGCCCUUAGAUUACUCCCACUACAUCUCCCUGCCCGCUGGCGUGCUCAGCCUGGCCUGCUGCACCCUCUACGGGAUCUCCUGGCAGUUUGACCCCUGCUGCAAGUACCAAGUGGAGUACGACGCCUAUAAACUGUCCCGCCUGCCCCUGCACACACUCACUUCCUCCACCCCGGUGGUGCUGGUCCGGAAGGACGACUUGCACAGAAAGAGACUGCACAACACGAUAGCACUGGCCGCCCUGGUGUACUGUGUAAAGAAGAUUUACGAACUCUAUGCCGUAUGAUUUCAGUAGGACGGGGAGAGCAGCAAACGACCCAGCCCACGAGAGACAGCAGUAUUCAGAUUGCCACAGUAACAGCUUUUGCUCUGUGAGGCAGCGGAGCCCGGGGAGGGGUUUGGCUUAAUAUUUGUUAUUUUUUAAAAAAAAUAACACAGAUCACAGGUGUACCGAGGGUUUUUCAACUCAUUACACUAAGAUGUGGAUUUCCAUAACCCACAGGGGGUCUGAGCUGUGGAAGUCUGAGCGGGUGGUGGAAUGUUGACGGCAGCAAGGCUACUGAGGGGGUGUGAAUGCGCUUGCGGGGUAGGGGGAGGUCUUUCAGUCUGUUGUUUAACUGUACCAUCCAGAGCCAACCAGAAGCUAUCGACCAUUAAAAUUAUGAGAAUUUCA